CUAUGGCUGCUUCCUGGUGCCGCGAUGUUCCUCCAUCCAGACGGUAUCCGCUCUAGGCGUCCGGCGGCUGGGUAGCUCGUUGGCUGGCUGGGAAGAGGCGAAGGUGAAGGGAGUGUGGACUCCUUUUGCGUGGCUGGAAUGGAGAGGAGAGCCCUGGCCUGGCUGCCACUGAGAACAAGGUGCUGAUGGAUGAUCUCUCUCCAUGGUCUAGAAGCCUUGACAUGUGCAUUUGAUUAUUUAACUUCACUGGAUUGUGUAUAGUCAGCCAGCCGGCUUCUGCUGUAAGGAUGGCUCCUCAGUUCCGCAGUUACGUCUGGGAUCCUGCUCUUAUUCUCUCACAGAUUGUGCUGAUGCAGGCCAUUUACUACAGCUCUCUGGGACUCUGGUUGGCUCUGGUGGACAGCUUGGUUCAAAACAGUCCUUCCCUUGACCAGAUUUUCAGUUAUGAGGUUUUGGGAUUUUCCACCUCACCUGGGAGACUUGCCAUGAUGGCUUUUAUCCUGAAUGCACUUACGUGUGCCAUAGGCUUGCUGUAUUUCAUUCGACGAGGGAAGCAGUGUUUGGAUUUCACUGUCACGGUUCACUUCUUCCACUUGCUGGGCUGCUGGAUUUACAACGCACACUUUCCGACUGCUCUAACCUGGUGGCUUGUACAUACUGUUUGCACGGCACUCAUGGCUGUGAUUGGAGAGUACCUCUGUAUGAGAACAGAACUGAAGGAAAUCCCAUUGAAUUCAGCCCCUAAAUCCAACGUAUAGACUGUCAGAGGUACCGCCCCUCACUAUCAGCUUUAGCAUCUGGGCACUAAGAUGUUGUACAUGAGAAUGCAGUGAAGAAACCCAAUAGGUCAAUUUGGAUGGCUUAAGAAACCUCAUUUGGAAGGCUGGGGCUGUAACGCUUCCAUGUGCACAAGAGUGUUAUUUCAAUAUCAUACCUCUUGCUCCUCGUGUAGACUCAUCCAUUUUGCUCAAGCGGCACAUUCAAUGACGGACACCAAUAAUAGAACCAUAGAGCAGACAAUGAACUGUUCUUGAGAAUUUGUGUGAUGAUCCCAGCCCGGGUUUUCUGUAACAUGGACACCAUCUAGGUAGCUGACUCCAGGCAGUUUGCAAUGAAAAUGUGAGAUUGCUUUUCCCCCUGUCCCCGUGAUUUACUUCCAACAGUCCUUUGAAUUGAAAAUCAAGGAGAUAAAACAGUAUAAGUGGAUGUGAUGCUGUAUUUCUCACUUGGCUGCUGUGGUGCUAGAAGGUUUGGCUAGAUGCAGGGAAAAAAGUGAUCAUAUUUAUUGGAUUGAGAAAAAGAAUCUUUGAAAAACGUUUUUAAAAAAUCAACUUUUUAUUGGGACAUUACUAUUUAUUGACCAGUCAGAAUUGCAUUGUGGAUUAAAGGGUGCUGUUGUAUAGAAAUGUAAUUCAGGGAACCAUGAUACUGAAACUUUAAAUUUACCAGCUCUGAGGAGAUAAAGAGUACAUAAGACAAGUCAGCCAGCCAGGCAGACUUGUUGACAACAUCUGGCUAGGUAUUUCUGAUUUCAGAAUUGGAUGGAUAUGCUUCCAAUGAGCCUUUUUUUGUAUUACAAUGAAUGUAUUUCCAUAAAGAUCUGGGACUUUCUGCUUAUCACCAGAUUCUAAUAUUUAUUAACCAAGGAUACGCUUUCUCUGCUGCAGGAUAUUGUGUGGAAAAAUUGCAAAAAAUUAGGAUUACUACCAAAACUGAAUCACAUUUAAGAGGAACUUACUCCACACUCAAUUUUAGUUGUCUCCUAUUAACAUAGCUCUGAGUAACUACUUAACUCCCUCCUUUUUCAAGGGAGGGUUAAUCUGCAACUCCCAGUUGUAAGUGUUUUGUUUUCAUUUCUGCCACUGAACUUCCCCUUGUGUGUAAAUAUCUGUGAACGUCAUUAGUUUGUAUAAAUUAUAUUGGUAAGUUAAUGCUUGGUUUGUAAUGAAUAGAGGGAACAUUUUACAAAGAGAACUUGAUAAACCAUCUCGCCAAA